AUGCUCGGCGGUUUCGGUGACUUUUUCUUGCUUGUGGGUGUGACCCUAGGAUCCAUCCUGCUUAACCUCUUCUUUCUCAUUCUGUCCCCGGUGAUUGUGCUGUACGUAAAAUACGGGGGCGUUGGGAACCGUCUGAAGCGGCAGAUGCCACUACCACGGGUUCCGCGGUGCGUUUUCAUCACCGGCGCGUCAUCCGGUGUUGGCGAGGCGCUCGCCUACGAGUAUUGCAAGCGAGCGCGCAAGCAACAGGUUCAGGACCUUGUGCUUUAUCUGACUGGUCGAAAUGCGACACGGCUCGACCAGGUGUGUGAACGGUGUCGGGAACUCGGGGCGAGUAAAGUGCAUGCCCUAGUCGUGGACGUUGCCGACGAGGCAGCGAUGCGUGAGGCGAUCACCAAAGCCGACCAAGAACGCCCACUUGAUCUCGUCAUCGCAAACGCCGGUGUAUCCGUGACGAAUACAGGACUCAUGGAGGAAAGCAAGUCAGGCGCUACUGGCUAUGAGAGGUCCAAGAAGCUACUUGACGUGAACAUAUACGGUGCCCUGUACACGAUCUGGCCGGCGCUGGACUGCAUGAUCGCACGUCAGCGCGGAGGCCAAAUCGCGAUUAACGCAAGCAUUGCGUCGUACAUUGCGGGUCCGCUGAAUAUGUCAUACUCUGCGAGCAAAGCCGCAGUUCGAUUCUACGGAGAGUCAUUGCGCACCGCGAUGGCACCAUUGGGCAUCCGAGUGAAUACGAUCCUGCUGGGAUUCGUUGAGUCGCGGAUGACGGAGCCGUUGAAGAAUAGACAUGGCCGUUUGCCCUUCGCCAAAAGCGCUGAAGAAGCGGCUACAUCGCUUGCGAAUCAAAUAGAGCGUGAUGUGGGCGUCAUCGAAUACCCUGCAUGGCCAUUCGGUGUGCUCGGUGAAUGGCUGAAUGCCGCCCCGCCCCUCGUCCGAGAAUGGAUAUGGAGUAUGGUGAUGGGCCGUAUGGUGACGCGCGCGGAACGGAAAUUGAGAAAGCGUCAAGCAGCAGAUGUGAACAUCGCCGACAGCGGAACCUCGACCAAGUACGCGAUCUUGACACGCCUUGUGGAGAAGCUUAUCUAA